AAACCAAUCACACUCACUUCCUUCACACACACACACACACACACACUCACACACACUCCGACAGGCAGACUGCGUGCUUUUACAGCUCAGACACGGCAGCGUUUUAUUUCGAGCAAAACUCUCAUGACUAAACACACGAUGGAACGCCAGUUAGUUUUGCUGCUGCUUUGGACGCUGACUGCAUUGGUCAGCAUUACUGAAUCACAAAAAAUACAAGUGACUGAUCGCCAUGAUGGAGUUAGGCUGGAUUGUGGGACAGAAUACCAUAUCGAAGCUCCAGGGGAUGAACCUAAAGACAGCAUAGAGCUGAAGAACCUUGAAGACCUCACAGAAGAGUACACAUGUGUAAAAAAAGACUCAGGAGAGAAGGGAUCAAAAAUCUUAGUGAACAUUCGGACUUGUGACAACUGCAUAGAGCUCAACAAGGCAGCGAUAGCAGGCCUAGCGGUGGGAGAAGUGUUGGCUACCAUUGUGAUCGGAGUGGCCAUCUAUCUGGUGGCUUCUAAAGCUGGGACUGGUCCAGCCCCGACUAACAAGAAAAGCUCUGACAGACAGCAUCUUGUUCCUAAUGAAGUGACCAACAGACCCACAAAUGAUCAUUACCAGCCUCUGAGACCCAAAGGUGGCCAGAAAGACACGUACGAUGUGCUCACCAACAGGAGAUAGAAGCUCACUGCAAUCCAUCCCAGACUCCCUGCUGAAAACAAGCCUGCAUUCCCACCAGCUGCAGGAGGGAGGAGUCCUAUCAUUGCUUAUUCCUGGUGUGAUUUGCUCUGUAUGAUACUGCUUUAGUUGAAUCGCUCUCUUAAUCUUUUAUUUGCAGCACACCUAUGAAACGAUGCUCUGCAGAGACCUGCCACUUAUUGAACUUCCUGUUAGCCUGAUGCUAUGUAUCAUCAGUGUUUCAGCUGUUGUGGUUUUCUAGAUACAACUGAAAUCAUGGUAUUUUUCUUUAUUGUCAAAAGAACUCUCACGUUGCAAUAAUAAAAGCUGGAGAAUAAAAAUUGCCAUGCUGA